AUGGUUUCUGGUUUGGUGGCAGGGUUCGGCGUGGCGCGACGUUUUUCCUCCACGAAUGCCAAGAAAGAUUUGUACUCCAUUCUCGGCGUCGCGCGGAACUCCUCACAGGAGGAGAUUAAGUCGGCCUACAAGAAGAAAGCUAAGCAGCUUCACCCCGAUGUGAAUCCCAACCCCCGUGCGGCGGAGGACUUUGCCGAUGUGAAGCAGGCUUUUGAUGUGUUAUCGGAUCCACAGAAGCGCAGUAUGUACGACAUGACCGGAAACUCUGGAGCGGCGGAUAGGUUUGGAGCAGGUCCCGGGUUUAACCCCUUUGCCCAAGCCGGUGGUGAUAACCCGUUCGGUGGCGCAAACCCCUUCGGCGCCGGCGGUAACCCCUUCGCGUCAGGAACUGGUGGACAGGGGUUCUCGUUUAACGAUUUUGAAGAGAUAUUUCAGAAGAUGAGUGGGGCGGGAAAGGAUAAGUCCCGCAAGCCGCAGGGACCAGAGCCUGGCGCGGAUAUUCACUUUAAGUUGCGGCUUUCCUUUCUUGAAGCUGUCAACGGUUGCAGUAAGGAGAUAUCGUAUAACACGUUCCGUCGCUGUGGCGCGUGUAGUGGGGGUGGAUUCCAAGACUCCGGAUCCAAGGCAAAGUGCGUACACUGCGGUGGGCGUGGGAAAAAGGUGAUGAGCACUGGAUUCUUCCACAUGCAACAGGAUUGCACACAUUGCGGCGGAACAGGAGAGACGGGUCGUUCUUCCUGCACCCACUGCAGUGGUAAAGGCAUUGUGAAGGACCGCAGUGUGCAGACGUUGCCUGUGCCCAAAGGUGUAGACAACAAGGAACGCCUUAAGGUAACUGGGAAGGGCGAGGCGGGAGUGCGCAACGGACCGCCAGGCAACCUGUAUGUGGAGAUCACGGUUGAUGAACACCCAGUUUUCCACCGUGAGGGGUGCGACAUCCACGUCAUUACACCCAUAUCUCUGGCGACAGCGGUUCUGGGUGGCACCGUGCGGGUGUCGACGCUGACGGGUGAGGUGGAGACGAAGGUACCUGUCGGCACGCAACAAGGGGAUAAACUCGUGUUGCGCGGCCGCGGCGUUCAUCGACCGAACCAAAACAAGACAGGUGACUUCUUCAUCCAUUUCGCUGUGCUGCUGCCCAAGUCCCUCACAGAGAAGCAGAAGGGCCUUAUUGCCGAGUUUGCAAAGGACGAGAAACCAGUGGAACUGACAGAUCCACAGCUGCAGGAGUUGAAGAACCGCUACAAGUCAUGGUUCUCUGUCUAA